AUCAAAGAAUAGACCGAAGGGAUCAUAAGCCACAACUGUUCAUCAGAACCUUGAGUCUGCUUUGAGGAAUCUAAUUAUUCUUCAUGAAACUACACCAGUCCGUCCCAUCAUGGAGCCUUAUACAUGUAAUAAUCUUGGUGGUUAACCUGCCACGCUCUAUUGCCAUCAUAGAGAAAGACGAUCUCCCUCCUGAAAUACAAAAAUGCUACCGCAAUUAUGCCAAUGUCAGUUUGCGAGAUGUUGUUGGGCAAACACUAUCCUGGUUCUGUGAGGCUCCGGCCGUCCGGACUCUUAGAAACAGUGACAGUCCGGCGCCAACGCCUCUGUCUUCCGUCCGCUAUGUCAGUGGGCUUGUGGACAAGGCGAUCGCAAAAAGAGGGAGCCGCGUGAAACGACAAGCUCAACAAUCCGGAGAGAGGUGUCUGAGGAGGGAAUACAGAAUGUUGAGUGACCAGGAGAGGAAUGUGUACCACAGGGCCAUCAUAGCUCUCAAGGCUGACACGACUGUUGAGCCCAACAAGUACGAUGCCCUUGCUGCUCUUCACACUGGCCUAGCUACCAGCAUUGCCCAUUUUGGACCAAACUUCCUGGGCUGGCAUCGUGUAUACCUGCUCAUGUACGAGAUCGCGCUGCAGGAAGUUGAUCCAAGCAUCUGUCUACCUUACUGGGACAGCUCACUCGACAUGGAACUGGAGGACCCUCGCCAGUCUCCCAUCUUCAGCCCGGACUUCAUUGGCGGAGGAACUGAUACCGGUAAUGGUGGCGUUGUGAGUGAUGGACCUUUUGCUGGAUGGGAAACCCCCAACGAUGGCCCGUUGAUCAGAAAUAUAGGAGGAGAUGGAGAGCUUUUUACCACCCAGGCCAUUGAAGCAGUUUUAUCCCGUGAAAGGACCCGAGACAUCGUUCCACCCAACUCGCUCCCUGAGAAUGAUCUCGAGUUCCACCAUGGCGGUGUCCACGUCUAUAUAGGAGGCCUGAUGAAUCAGCUAGAAACAGCAUCGCGAGACCCUGUUUUCUACCUUCACCAUGCUUUUGUUGACUACAUAUGGGAACUCUUCAGGACACGACAGAGAGCACUCCGUAUCGAUCCACAGUUAGACUACCCUGAGGAAUUUGGCUCUCCGUUCCAUGCGCCCAAUGAAACAAUGGGCUUCAAUCUGAACUUGACAGCAGAGCAGGGAUACAGUGAUGAUUUGACGGCAACGUAUGAGUACGAGCCAUCCCCUGAUUGUUCUGAGAGACGACCAACUUGUGGAUCCAGACAUCUUCGCUGUAACACGACAAGGGGUAGAUGCUACCCUGUCAUUCCACCCACUACCACUCCAGAACCGCCUACCGUCAUGCCAGGGUGUCGUCCUGGUCAACCAGGAUGUCCUACAAGGCCUCCCACAAGGCCUCCUACAAGGCCCCCUACAAGGCCUCCUACCUGUCGGCCUGGUCAACCAUGGUGUCCUACAAGGCCUCCCACAAGGCCUCCUACAAGGCCCCCUACAAGGCCUCCUACCUGUCGGCCUGGUCAACCAUGGUGUCCUACAAGGCCUCCCACAAGGCCUCCUACAAGGCCCCCUACAAGGCCUCCUACCUGUCGGCCUGGUCAACCAUGGUGUCCAACACGCCCACCAAGCCCAACUCCCAUGGCAACGCCUGUGCCAAACCCACCCAAACAACCCUGCAAGCAAGAGGUUCUCCCCACACAGAACAACUUUUGUAUUGACGGCACAUGUGAUACCAAUGGCUGGGUGUAUGUGCCGGUCAAGGUUGUUUCAAUGCGACCCCCGGGACUCAAGAAAUACGACUCGUACCCAAUCUCUAAUGGAAAAGUCCGUAAAACCACCGACAUCUACCAGCCAUCUGCAUAUGCUGAAACGAACCGCUAUAUAAACGGUGUCCGUGGUGUUCCCAAAACAUAUAAUAGGUGUGACGAUACCAAAGGUUUCGGCCAAGUGUAUGUCCAAUCAAGUGGACUUAGUUACAGCGGGGUAUACAAGGAAUCAGCUAUCACUGACCAGCGUCUUGCCACAUCACUGUCGAUUGCUUACGUUGCAGUAAAGGAUCCUAGGACCGGCCCAGUCAAAGCUUUAUUCAGAGCAUUUGACUCCUGCGGAAGAAUCUGUCGCACUGCUUGUAAGGAUCCAGUCACAAACAGAUUCGAUCCUUGUUCAGGAGUCCUUAAUAUCCAAGAUGUUGCAGGGAAACCAAAACAAUACAGCAAGACCUAUGGCGAAGCUACUCUAGAUACGUGGGGUUAUGCAGAGAACCAGGACUGUCCCAGCUUCCAUAGUGAGGACAAUUUCCUCACCUUCUACUGCGACUACAGGGACAACAUACCAUGGUCAGAUGGCAAGUCUUCACUCAGCAAACCAAACCCCAAGGCCGUGGUACCGGUGAACCCCCACGUGUCACAACCAGCACUUCCAGUUACGCUGCGUGAAUGCAAAGUUUCUGAUGAUUGUAUCCUGGAUGUUCCAUGCAUGUCGGGCAAAGUCCAGUGUCGCAGUUAUGGCCAAACUCACAAAUGCAGAGGGUCUUGUAACAAAUAUGCUGUGUGCAACUAUGGUCAGUUCUGGGUGAGGUCGUGUCCUUUCGACUGGUCCUACCACAAAUACGACCAUACAUGCACAUCACUCAACAGAUGUAAGAACACUUCACUUCCGAAACCUCCCGCCCGAAAACAAACCGGGCCGACAUGGAAUGUAAACCCUAGACAGAGCUCAUACUUUCAAAACCUCGGACGAAGGGUCAUUGUUCCCGGAAAUUUUGGUCACGUUUUUGGAUAAAUUUUAACUUAAUCUACUCCUUCUCUCUUAUGUACUAGUAACUAAGAACGUUUAACGUAUUUGCCUAUUUGUCCAUGUUUUUCUUUUCUCUCAUUUCUAGUUGAUUUGCCAAAGUUUUAAAGCUUUCGGAAGUAAAUUGUUGUUUGUUUCCUAGGUUUUUUCUCGCAUGUUAAUUCAUUUCAUAGUGAGAUCAGUGGGAUGAGAUACACAGCACUACUGCUUCCGCGGUAACCGUACAUGUGUUUGGUUGUUCAAAACAGUGUUCUACUAUAGGACAACGUCGUACAAACAAUAAUCUGUUAAAUCCAGAUGAUAAACUGCUAGAAAUCCAGUUUAACGCAGCCUGUCUUAUAAGCAUUAUCCGUCACCAUAGAAACAGGUUGCAUGUGUACAUACAAACAAUAUAUCUUUGUACACACUGAAAGUGGCUAAAAGUCCUAAUAAAUUAUUUUUGUUGUA